AAGCAACCUCACCUCCUUCCCUCUGUCCUCCCCUUCUUCACAACAUUCUUCCUUUUCCCCACCCUUGGCUUUCUCUCCGGGUCCCCCCACUCUCUAUUUCCUCUUCCUCCGCCUCCAUUUCCCAGCAUAAUCUGUACUCACUACUUGUUCCCCAACUCAUUAUUAUAACUUCUUGAAUCAGCAACAAUUCCUCACUCCUUUUGCAUCAUUACCAUCCCACGAAGGAUAAUACUCUCCUUUCUCAACUCUUUAUUGUCUCUGUACCUUUUAAAGAGAAAAAGAAGAUAUGUCUGAUAAGCUUGACGAAGCAGAGUUUUGGCUGCCUUCUGAGUUCCUUACGGACGAAGAUAUCCUCAUGGACAACAAAGAAAACCUUGUUAAGUCCGUUGGACUCUGUUUUCCGUCUGAGUUUCCCUACGAUUAUGGGUCCUCUGUUCUCAGCUCCCCUGUUGAAUCUGUUGUUGGCUCCACCGAAACCGAGAGCGACGAGGAUGACUUGCUGCUUACUGAGUUAACUCGCCAGUUAGCUCUCCACGAAGCCCACAAAAUCACCCCUGCGCAGAAAAAUCAUGAGAAGGCUUGGGUACUGUCCGGCUCACCUCAAUCAACGCUGACCCAGGUAGGGAGUUGGUCUGGUCGGAGCACCAUGUCCAGCAACGGAAGCCCAAAUGGACCGUCUCAAGUCUCCUCCCCUCCAACUACGCCUCUGGGGGUCAACGACGACGCGUGGGAUCUGAUUUACCAAGCUGCAGGUCAAGUUGCAAGGCUUAAGAUGAACGGUAGCGGAGACGGACCCACCAGAAAUCCAGGCCUUCUUGGCCCACCCAGACGCCUCCCCACACCUCCGCCGCCCACAAACUUCUCCCCUUCUACCGUUUACCACAACCAGGUGAAGCAAGACGCGGGCGGGAUAUGGAGCAGGCAUGCGAAAAAUGGGUGGAGUUACGACUCCCGGGAGGUUUUGCAGAACUUGGGUGGAAGGAUUGGUGGUGGGAUGGGUUAUGGGAAUGCAAUGGGUGCGGGUGCGGGUCAAGCUCCAUGUGGAUGGCCUAGUCAGCAUCAAAGAAAUCGGCAAUAUGUGGGGGAGUUGGGAAUGAAGGUGGGAGGAGGCAUUUACUCCGGCUGCGGAUAUGGGUAUGGAUUCAGUUAUGGAUCUGGUGGUGGGGUCAGCUGUGGUGGUGGUUUGAAAAAGGAGCGUUCUGGGACCGGAGUAUUUUUGCCUCGCAGAUACGAUAGCAAUUGUGCUAGUAGCUUCAAAGCAUCUGAUGCUCGGAAGAAGCCUGGUAGUUCCUGUGCCUGGGUUCCGAACAAGGUGGCGCCGAUUUCAAACAAGAACUUCGAUGACAGAAAUGAAAUCGUUCAGCCAAAGUCAUCAUCUCGGAACAGCGCCGGGUUCAUGGGAGAUUUUGAUGCAUUGAUGGCCCGGAGAAAUGCGUUGUUGGCUCAACAGAGGCAGAGAAGUGUAUGCCCGGAAGGAUCGAUUAGCCAUCAUGAAAUAUGCCUGCCCCAGGAAUGGACGUACUGAAAUGGAUGUGUUUUUUUGUUGCAGCAAAGGAGGAAAGUUUUAGAGAGCUUAGGAUAUUAUAAUAAAGUAGCAGUCAGGAGUAGCGAAGGAGGAAACAGCCGAAAGAAGAAGAAGAAGAAGAAGUUAUGGUUUUAAUUUAUUUGAAGAAUUACCAUAAAUAUAUAUAUAUGUAUACUAGUAGUAGUUUGGAAAAAUAAGGAAUGCGUCUUUUUUUGUUUUUGUGCUAGUAUAGGGAAAUUUUACGGUGGAAGAAUGAAAGAGGAGGGUGGUUUUUUGGCUUUUGCAAUAAUGAAAGGGGUAGAAAAUGAAUGAAUGAAUGGGCAGAGUAAGUAGGAAGUAACCUUGGGGUUGGAAAAGUGUUUUUGUCUUUUCGUCCGAGUGUGUAUUUGGAGGUUUGCUAUCAUCUGUAGUAGCCCCUCUCUCUUCAUGUUUUUAUAUUAUAAUAAUAAUACUCAUUCGUGAUCUUCUACUAAUAAGUAAGAAA